AUGAUGGCGGCGAUGUGUUUGGGCUUCACCGCGGGAAGAGAAGAGGAAGGUUUUUGGAUCUUCACAUACCUCAUGGAGGAUGUGCUGGGCCCCGAGUUCUUCUCCAGGAGGCCAGCCAUGAUGGGCUACCAUGGGGACAAGGCAGCCCUCGCGCAGCUGGUGGCCUCCACCAUGCCAGAACUGGCUGAACGCUUAGGCACUGCAGGCUUGGCAGAGUGUGUCUCAGCGCUGGCCGCGCGGUGCCUCCUCUCGGGCUUCGUCGGCUUCCUGUCCGGGGAACCGUUGGUGGCCUUCUGGGAGGAACUCCUCGCCAAUCAUUGGCCGGACUAUCCACGGCUCCCGUUGCUGCUGUGGUUUACCGGGCUGGUGCAACAUGCAGAGAGGCAGCUGCAGCAGGCCUCCGCGCAAGCGGCGUAUGUGCGUCACACAUCGAGGCCACCUUUUUGCAAUCCCUGUGGCACACUCCUGGCGGCAUUUGAGUUCACAACUAUUUUGUGGGGCUUUGUUGCUAUCAACAUCCUCCAUCAUGAUUUAUGUGUGGUUAUUGAGUGA